AGUGGCGCAUUCCUGCCUGGUCCCCGCUGUCCGUCAUCCCGCUCAUGAAUGCCAGGCUCCGCCCACGGCUCCGCCCACAGUCCCAUGGGAGAAGCCAGGUGAAUGCUGCAGGGUCUCGUCUGGGUGUGUGUAUGUGGGUGUGGGUGUGUCGAGCUUCCCCAGCUGUGCUAUGUCACAGCCCCCAAGCUGGUCUGACCGGAUUUUUCUCUUUUAGAUGAGAGCUAACAUCAUUCCCUUGCAGACGCCUGUUGUGUUCUUUCCUUUGUCUCCCUAUAGCUUCCUUCCAGAUCGAUCACUCUCAGGUCUAGGGAUCCGAGCGCCGCUCCGCUGCAGAGAUGAACUGGUCGGCCCUGGAGAGCCUGCUCAGCGGGGUCAAUAAGUACUCCACGGUGUUCGGGCGGGUGUGGCUGUCCAUGGUGUUCGUGUUCCGCGUGCUGGUGUUCGUGGUGGCGGCCCAGCGCGUCUGGGGCGACGAGAGCAAGGACUUCGUCUGCAACACCCGGCAGCCCGGCUGCACCAACGUGUGCUACGACAGCAUCUUCCCCAUCUCGCACAUCCGCCUGUGGGCGCUGCAGCUCAUCUUCGUCACCUGCCCCUCGCUCAUGGUGGUGGCGCACGUCAAGUACCGCGAGGAGCGCGACAGGAAGUACGUGGCCUCGCACCCCGGGGCGCACCUGUACGCCAACCCGGGCAAGAAGCGCGGCGGGCUGUGGUGGACCUACCUGCUGAGCCUGGUGUUCAAGGCCGCCUUCGACACCGCCUUCCUCUACAUCCUCUACUUCAUCUACCACGGCUACGACAUGCCGCGCCUGUCCAAGUGCUCGCUGGAUCCCUGCCCCAACACCGUGGACUGCUUCAUCUCCCGGCCCACCGAGAAGAAGAUCUUCACGAUCUUCAUGGUGGCCUCGUCCGCCAUCUGCGUGUUCAUGUGCCUGUGCGAGAUGGUCUACCUCGUGGGCAAGCGCUGCCACAAGGUCCUGCGCAUACGGCGGGAGAACGAGCAGCUGCUGUUCGCCGAGCGCCACGACAUCACCGCCCUGGCCCGGCCCCGGUCCGAGUACAACCGGCUGGACCCCACCUCCUCGGCCCCGCCCACCUGCGGCAUCGCCGACGACGACACGCUCAAGGCCAAGAAGACCAAGAAGGCCAAGGAGGCCGAGAAGAUGGAGGAGGCCGCCACAGCCGCCGCCGCGACCGGGAAGAUGGCUUAGAGACGCGCUGCAUCAGCGCAAACGGACAGCUUUAACCAAAAGCCUGCAUUCAGCAGAACUGUAACAGACUGUGAACCCUGUGGAAAACUACAUUUCCCAGAAUUCCUUUAUGUCUGCCCGUUAAAUACCUCCAAGUAAGGUGUUCGUUUCACUUAGUUUUUAAAAAAAAGUUUUUUAAGUCACUCAAUGCACUGUUGGAGGGUUCCGUUCUCUCUCUCUGUCCCUCUCUCUCUCUCUCUCUACUCUUCUCAUUGGUGUUCUGAGCGAUGGGUCAGAAGGUGCAGAGGUAUCAGGUGAAUCUCAGUU